CUGUGUCCCGCCCUUAAGGUGUUCUCUUUGUUCUAUUGGACAGUUUUUGCGCGCUUUUAGCCAAUCGCACUCACCCAGGUCACAGCAAAUGAACAGGAAGAAAAGAUGGCGGCGAGGAACGGAAAGAAUGGUCUACUGGAAAAAUGGAGGAUUGACGAAAAGCCGGUGAAGAUUGACAAAUGGGAUGGUGCAGCGGUGAAGAACUCUCUAGAUGAUGCAGCUAAGAAGGUUCUGAUCGAAAAAUAUGGCUACAUCGAAAACUUCAACUUAGUCGACGGACGUCUGUUCAUUUGCACAAUCUCCUGCCUUUUCGCCAUCGUAGCUUUAAUUUGGGAUUACCUGCACCCGUUCCCCGAGUCCAAGCCCGUGCUGGCCUGCUGCGUCAUCUCGUACUUCAUAAUGAUGGGGAUUUUGACCCUCUACACCUCUUACAAAGAGAAGAACAUCUUCCUCGUGGCCAUGCAGAAGGACCCCGCUGGCAUGGACCCGGAUCACAUCUGGCGGCUCUCCUCUAGCCUAAAAAGGUUUGAUGACCAGUAUACAUUAAGAAUCAGUUUCACCGAUGGGAAAACCAAGCAGACGAGGGAGCUGGAGGUCACCAAGUCGGUCGGGGCGUUCUUCGACGAGAACGGGACGCUGGUGAUGGACCAGUUUGAGAAAUGUGUCUCGAGGCUUCACGACACGCUGGCCACAGACAAGAAGACAAAGUAACCGGCGGCAGCGGCCUCCACGGACUCGGCACGCGCGUAACGGUGGCUUUAGUGGGACAAAACACAGAUGUUCUUCAGACCAGUGAGUGCUAUCAGAGUUUAGCUCACAGCUGUAACAUUACUUAAGGUCAACAGUGUUUCUUUUUUAUUGCUUCAGUUAAAGAAAUAAUUUUUGUUUUUUUAUGCAAUUUCAGUUUGGUGUUUAAAUGACAUGCUCUUAUUAAAAUUCCAGACUUUUCUACAACAAGCAUAGAUGAGAAAACGGUGUUCUACUAUAUUAUUUGGUUUUUAGUUUAAUUUCAGCGCUCACUUUAAAGAAGCUGUUCGCCCAAAAAUUAAAAUUUGGGUGAAAAAAAAAAAAUAUAUGUAAUUUUUUUUUUUUUUUUUUUUUUCAUCACAAAGCAGUUCCCAUAAAGUUUUUUUUUUUUUUUAGGUGUUGGGAGGAUAUUUAUAUGUUCAUAAAGCAGAAUAAGUCUCUCCUUACUUGGUGUUUUUGGAGGUGACCUACAUUACGCCUUGUGAAGAUGUGUGUGUAUAUAUUUUGUCCCGAGCCUUAUUAAAUGUCUUUUCAAUCUUCUAUUCUGAGCUUGACUCGUCUAGGCCUCGAGUGACGGUGACCGUGUGCUAAAAGGGAGCGUGUCCAUCUGUCAUGUUGUUCCCUUGCUGCUUUCAUUCUUUUGUGUUCAGCCAUUUAAGCUUAAACCAGGGAUAAUAGCUUUUUUUUGAUCAGUUUGGCCUGUUUUUCACACUCAGGAGUGAAUGGACCUUAAUUUCCUGGUUUUCUUUCUGUUUUCUGUCAACAAAAACUAUUUCAGUUAACAGUCCAAACUGGAUGCAGUUUAUUUCUCCGUAUAGCACAUCUGAACGGAUGGUUCCUAGCAUUUUUGUCUUAUGAUAUUCAGCUUGAGCUCCCCACAUUGUAUGUGCCUAUCUAACAAGGAAAAAAAUAAAGUGAUGAGGCAUUUUUACA